UGUUUUAAUUUAAAAGUGAAAAGUUGAGAGAUUUUUACAAUGUCAGAUUUAGAAGAACUUAAGCUUAAAAAUCAAAAUACCAAAAUACGUCACAAAUGCGAUCAUUGCGGUAAGAUUUUCUUAACUAAACAAAACUUGAACAAUCACGUGGAUGGAGUUCAUUUGAAUCUGAGAAAAUUUGUUUGCGACGAUUGUGGACAGUCUUUUGUCACAAAACAACAUUUGAGUGUUCAUAUGAUAAAUGUUCAUCAAAAAAUGAAAAAUUACAACUGCGAUUCGUGUGAAAAAGUUUUUGGUUAUGAGAGAAGCUUGGCUGAGCAUAUUGCAAUAGUUCAUGAAAAAAUCAAAGAUCACAAAUGCUUCGAGUGUGGCAAUUGCUUUGUUCGGAAGAGCUAUUUGAAGAAGCACAUAGAUGUAGUUCAUUUGAAACUCAAAGCACACAUGUGCGAGGAAUGUGGCAAAUCUUUUGGAGUAAAAAGUAAUCUGAUGAAGCACAUUGAUACAGUUCAUCUGGAACUAAAAGAACACAAAUGUGAAGAGUGUGGCAAAUCUUUUGGAGUAAAAAGUAAACUGAUGAAGCACAUUGAUAUAGUUCAUCUGGAACUCAAAGAACACAUGUGUGAGGAAUGUGGAAAGUCUUUUGGCCAAAAAAGUAACUUACAUAGACACAUUACCACAGUACAUGAAAAAAACAAAGAUCACAGUUGCGAAGAGUGUGGCAAAUCUUUUGCACAUGCAGAUCAUCUGGCGAGGCACGUAGAUACAGUUCAUUUGAAAAUAAAAGAUCAAAAAUGCGGAGAGUGUGGAAAGUCUUUUGGUUAUAAAAGUGAUCUGAUGAAGCACAUUGAUACAGUUCAUCUGGAACUCAAAGAACACAUGUGUGAGGAAUGUGGAAAGUCUUUCGGUCAAAAAAGUAACUUAAAUAAACACAUGGCUGCAGUACAUAAAAAAAUCAAAAAUCACAAAUGCAAAGAGUGUGACAAGUCGUUUGGACAAAAAAAUCAACUAACGAAGCAUAUAGAUAUAGUUCAUUUGAAAAUAAAAGAUCAAAAAUGCGGAGAGUGUGGAAAGUCUUUUGGUUAUAAAAGUGAUCUGAUGAAGCACAUUGAUACAGUUCAUAAAAAUAUCAAAGAUCACAAAUGCUUUGAGUGUGGCAAAUCUUAUGGACAAAAGAGUAAUCUAAUGAAGCAUAUAGAUUCAGUUCAUUUAAAACUCAAAAAUCAUGAAUGCGAGGAGUGCGACAAGUCUUUUGGAAAGAAAAGUGAUCUAAUGAAGCAUAUAAAUCUAGUUCAUUUGAAACUCAAAAAUCAUAAAUGCGAUGAGUGCAGCAAGUCUUUUGGUACGAAAUUCAAGCUGACGAGACACAUAAAUGUUAUUCAUUUAAAACUCAAAGAAUACAAUUGCAAAAAAUGUGGCAAGUUAUUUGGACAAAAAAUAAAUCUGAUGAAGCACAUAGAUUCAAUUCAUUCGAAAAUAAAAGAACACGUUAGCUUAUAAUCGCAAUGAGCAUUUAAAAAAACACGUAAGUGCAGUCCAUCGGAAAAUCGAAAAUCAAAAGUUUUAUAAUCCUGAAAAGCCACUGUGUAAAUGACUUACUCAUUUAGAUGCUAAAUAUUUCAACUCUCAUUUAUUGUUUUUUAAUUUUUUUUUCUGAAGCUGUAAAAUCACGAAAGUAAUGACCACGCAUUCAGAUUCAGCAUCUCAAAUAACUGACUUUUUUCAAAAUAUAUUACAUUUAUUCAUUUUUCAACGACAGUUAAAAUGAUUUUACUUUUAAAAAUUUUGUAAAUAAUUUAUUUCUAAUUUACUACCAUACUAAA